AUAAUUAAGGAGGAGAAUCCCAUGUUCUCCGCAUGGAAGUGAGUCCCACCUGUUUGUACUAGAUAGUGUGAGACAGCUUAUCAUCUCCAAGUAGAAGAAGAAAGCACGGACCGCCCUACUCAUUUCAGGAAGCCAGGGAAAGCAAUUUGCAGCAAUGGCGGAGGAGAAACCCUCAAUGAUCUUCCUUUUGCUGCUAUCCAUCAUCAAUGCCUGCGCUAUAGGCCUCGCCAUCGCCGCCGAGCGCAGGAAGAGCACGGGCCAUGUAGUUGCAGACAAGUAUGACGAGCAAUCGUAUUGCGUCUACAAUUCGGAUAUUGCGACAGGAUUUGGAUCGGGUGCCUUUUUCUUGCUUCUCUCCUCGCAGGUGCUGUUAAUGGCCGUUACCAGGUGCCUUUGCUGCGGACGCCCUCUCGGACCAGGCGGAUCUCGUGGCUGCGCCAUCCUUCUCUUCAUCUUUUCCUGGGUAACGUUCGUGAUAGCAGAGGCGUGCCUACUGGCAGGAGCAGUGCGGAAUGCAUACCAUACGAAAUACCGGGGCCGGUUUGGCAUUGACGAAUUUUCCUGCGAAACGCUGCGGAAGGGAGUGUUUGCCGCAGGGGCAGCCUUUACUUUGUUGAAUACGAUUGCAAGCGCGUUGUACUAUAUAAGCUUUGCAAAGGCAAGGGCAAAGGGAAAUGCAAUAGGCGAUGGGUGGAAACCCUAUGCAAAUGAACCAGGCGUUGCCAUGAGCGGCUUGCCGCGCUAAAUGCCAAUGUAUAUUACAGUUCUCCCACUCUUUCUUCUACUCCAUUUCUAUUUCCAUGUACUUAUUUUCAGGUUUAAGCUCGAUGUCAGCCGAUCUUUAAACGUU